CGACAUUCAGGAACAGCCACCCUAUCACGUGAAUACUUUACUAUUCGGCAUGAAUUUCCAGAGAUUGAUCCGUUUCAAAACCGAAUAUGGGAAAAUAUGGUAUGGCGAUACUGGAGACAACACGAAAGACUUCGUGGGCACGAAAGUGCCAGUUUUGACUGGUGAUCCUUUUAGUUGGCUUUCAAACAACGAAGAAGCCAAGACAGUGAAAGAGGUACUGUACCCUCUUGAACAAGCGCACACGAUUAUCUGCAUCAGUCUGAACCACCAGCAGAAUGCUAUCGAAGCAAGUCUAAAAGUUCUGCCAUUACCGGUAGUCUUAUGAAGCCUCCGGGUGCUCUUGCAGGCCCUUUUGACGAUGUUUCAAUACACCCAACUGUACAAGGUCAACUUGACUAUGAGAGUGAGAUGACAGUCUUGAUCGGAAAAGAUGGAAAGAAUAUCUCCGAAGCAGACGCUUUAGACUACAUCCUAGGCUACACCGCCGGGAAUGCUAUCUCGGCACGGAACUUUCAACUCCCGGAUAUUUCCGGGGGUCAAUUCUGUUGUGCAAAAUCAUUUGAUGCAUUUGCUCUGAUUGGUCCUUGCAUUGUAUCUCCUUCACUGAUUCCAGAUCCGCAGAAGUUGACAUAUUCUACAAAAGUGAACGGAGAGGUCAGGCAAAAGAGCGGGACGGAUGAUAUGAUAUGGUCAUCAAGGCAGAAUAUUGCCCAUUUGAGCAGAGGAACAACUUUACGUCGUGGGACUGCGAUCAUGACUGGCACGUCGUCCGGGGUAGGGUUCUCUAUGAAAGACAAGCAUGGAUUCCUGAAUGAUGGUGACACCGUUGAGGUCGAGAUCAGCGAGAUUGGUGCAAUUAGAAACAAGAUGGUUUACGAGAAAUGAUUCUUCGAAUACAGAUAAUCCUGUUCUCGUAAAUAUUCGUGGCAUGUCUGGUAGCUUUUGAGCGAGCUAUUAAAAUCGAAGCCCCCAGCCGUGACAACUACGAACCCUGCUG